GCCGCUUCCUCGCCGCAGACGUUCCGCGGCAACCAACUGGACAACCAGGCCUGGUCCGGUUUCACGGCGUCGCACUACGGCUUCGUCGAAACCCGCGUCUACCAGCGCCGCGAAGAACUCCACGUUUUCAUCAGCGCGGAGCGGUCCACUGACUCCGACGUUCUUAUCUUCGUCGCAGCCGCUAUUUCCAUCCUGAUCGUGAACUAGCUGGUAUAACGGAGACGCGUUCGAUGCAUUGCCGUCGCAAUAAGAACGUCAGUGAGCUUUGUAGACGCCCAAUCGGUCGAGGACCCGAGAACAUGUGAGAGUGCAUCGUGUUGGACUAAUAUAACGAGUACUUUGAAGGGGUACGCUCUGUGGGGGAAGACAGAACCGUCGCCACGGUUGCAUUCCAGAGAUUCCAAUUAGGAUCACUUGUACCACAGAUGAAUAACAAGUUUUUUCAAAGUAGUUUGUGGUGUAAACAUCGUCAGAAGGCCUACGACGAGAGACAAAUAGAGAAUGAAAGUGAGCUAAAGUAUAAAUAUUGACUGAAACAGUCCGCGAAACUAUCCGUCGGAAUGAAACCGAGUGAGACUAUGAUUUAGUCAGUGGUAGAAUUCGCGAGAGGUCGAAAUAAACGUCAAAAGUGUAAAAUUGUGAAGAGAAAUUCUCCCUGCAAAUGGAUCAUCCUAAAUUGUUGGUUAUGAUCUCAUUGGCCAACUAUGUAUGUUAAAAAAAGUCGUGAAACUCAAAUUUAUAACAAUAAAGAUACAAAUAUGAGAAUGAUAUCAUUUAUCAGUGAUAAACGGAUUAUUUCCGUAAGAUAGAUUCCUAAAAAUGAUAUUAAGUAAAAAGAGAAUUAUGAUUAAUUUGAAACAAUGUUUCGGAGAGAAGAAGGCACCAUGAAAACACGGCCUACGAAAGUUCCGUUGUGAUCGGAUCAAAAAACUAGUUUGUCACUGUAAGUGGAGGGUGUUUCUUCGGGUAAACAUGUCGAGUGCACUCCCGGAGGCACCCAUCGGUCUGGACUCAUCGGACUCGGAGAUCAGAUCGAACCACCUGAUGUCGCGACUGGAUCAGGAUUCGGAGGAUGCGGAGAAACGGAAUCAAACGCGAGGAACGGAAUGUAACAACGCGGACAGCGAUUGUGAGAGCGAUACGAGUGAAGUUUUGAGCGUUGGCAGCGAACCGACGCCAACUAGCGUGGUUGGAGUGCGUGUAUGCGGCUCCAUGAGGUACGACCAGGAAUCCGCGAGUAGUCGGGGCGAGUUUCGCGACGAGGAGAACACGAGAACGUCGGCAACACCGUCGCCGUCCAGCUCCGCCAGCUGCAACGAUCUAUAUUACCAACGAACAUCCGGUAAUCACGUUCCAGCACCAAGUCCGCCCGGUUACAGUCAACCACCAUCGUCCCCUACGGCGUCUUCCGUCAGAUCUCCGGCUUCCUCCUCGGCUACCGCCUCGUCCCCAGGUCGACCGGAAGCUGUACAAGAGGCUAUCGUACCUAGAUACCAGUCAAGUCAUCAGCAACACCUUCUUACUCGAUACUCCUCUAGGGAACCUGAUAUUUCCGACUAUACGGCGCGAAUCCAGCACGGCCUAGGUCACGAAAUCGUAUAUCCCACUGUAGAGAGGUUACAUCGUACGUCGAUAAGCGUUCCUCUAGUAACGAGACUCUCGUUGUCACCGCCGUCGGCCAUGACGGUCACCGGGCUUCAAGCGACGACGCCCGUUCUCCAUCCCGCUGCCUGCAGAGACCCGCGGGAGACUACCUCGUUGAUGCCGCAUCAUAGUCAGCAUCUGCAUCACGCCAACACCCACACGCAUCUGCAUCAGGGCUCGCAGGUGCAGCACGUACCGGCGAAUUCGGUGCACCAGCACCGGCUCUCAGUCAGUAAACUCCUGCAACGAGAUUCCGGAAGCCCAGCGUCGCCCGGCGCCAGGGAGGAGAACGGACGCACUUUGCCCGCCGCGAAUGGCGUGCAAAACAGCAUCAGUACCAGCAACAACAGCAAUCAUCAUAACAACAAUAACAACAAUAAUCUACAGCAUCAAGCGAGCCUAAAGUUCAGUAUAGACAAUAUUCUAAAGGCGGACUUUGGCAGAAGGAUCACGGAUCCUAUUUCUCUGAAGAAGUCCCGACCUAAGAAAGUGUCUUCGAGGCCGAUUGAUCUAACGAAAGACUUCUUGGAGUCAUCUUCCGACACUUCCGAGAGGAGCAGCUCGGAGACGACAACGACGACCAACGCCUCCCCUACCAGUGUUCCGGCUGGAAAUUCAACAUCCAAUUCUGCAGGAACAACCGAUCCCGGCAAGAUGAUGUGGCCAGCAUGGGUCUACUGCACCAGAUAUUCGGACAGGCCUUCCUCGGGACGAAAAUCAUCCCGUGUUCCAGGUCCACGCACGAGAAGAGUGAAGAGGACAGACGGACGCGGUGGCGGCACCCCCGAAGAGAAACGUCCCAGGACCGCGUUCAGUGGUGAACAGUUAGCGAGAUUGAAGAGGGAAUUUGCAGAGAACCGAUACCUGACGGAAAGACGGAGGCAACAGCUCUCGAGGGAUUUAGGUCUGAACGAGGCGCAGAUCAAAAUCUGGUUCCAGAACAAGCGGGCGAAAAUCAAGAAGGCCAGCGGCCAGAAAAAUCCUCUGGCUCUUCAGCUGAUGGCACAGGGGCUCUACAAUCACUCGACGGUACCGCUUACUAAAGAGGAAGAGGAACAGGCUGCGGAGCUUCAAGCGAAAUGACGAUUGCAAACUUAAAUAAACACUCGGAAAAUUUAACUUUGCAAUUUUGAUUCCUGAAUUUCGUAUAUCUGACUCCAAAGAAAGCUGUAAGCAAAGGUCGAAUCAUCCUCUGUUCAGUUUUAAUUCUUUGCGUAAGUAUUUUUAAGAAAAUGUUGCGAAGGGAAAGUAGAAUCUGAAAUUCUAUAAUUUUCAAAAUCUAUCAGAUCGCUUGAUAUGAAAACUUCUCCCGAGUAGGAAAUCAUUCGUUAUUAGAAUUUUAUAAAAUAAUUCCUUUCUUAUGGAAACCAAUAACUUUUUUUUUCUCAAAAGAAUCAGAACAUUACUUGUCGAAAAACAAUUUUCGUCCUAUUUCGCUGACUGCGAGUUUUUGAAAAUAAAUAACGAAUCAACCAAAGCGCAAUGUAAAUCUUCAUAUAUUGUUUUAAAAAAAAAAUAAAAGAUAAAUAUGUAGUGUAUUACUUUGAAGAGAGUCGUAUCAUCAGGCCAAAAGACUAAUAAGAAGCUUGUAGAGCGGACCAAAGUCAACGGUCUGUCAUUUCUCUUCCUUAAAAUGAAAGACUGGAGUAUUUAUUUCGCUAGACGUAUUAGUACAACUCGUUAGACAGAGUCAACUCGAGGAAUUCUUGUCUUGUAAUUAGAGCUUCCGAUAGAACAACAGUUUCGGCGAAUGUCGCUUGCCAGCUCGUUCGAAAUAAUCGUGAGCGGGAAGUUAGUUUUACCGAGAUGGUGACGCGAAUAAGUUACGGUCGCCGUUCCCUGCCAUCGCUUUAGGAAAAGAUGAUAAAAACAUUACGACGCUGCACGUUCUUAGACCGCAGUACACGUUGGAUUCAGAUUUCGUAGAAGAAAAGCAAUUCGACGAUACAAGGCGUCUCAUCAGAGAACAAAUGAAUUUCCUGAGAUGCUCCGUGUAAAAUAUUGUCGUACAAAAAACAGAGAAGCAGCUAAUAAUAUUUUGCAUCGUUGGCAAAAAAAUCCGGAGUUCUUAUUUCAUCGAGAAAAGAUAUCGAUGUUAUUAAUUUUCUCUCACAAAAUUGAUUACGUUUGAUCGGAGAAAUAAAAUAUAUUCGAUUAAUAUACCGUGCGAUGGCAUGCAACGGUUAGUUUGUUACGAAGGAGAUUAACAAGUGCCAUGUUUUGCAAUUUUUCCGGCAAGGUCGUUUAUGCGAAAAACCUACAGGACCGUCUUGGUGACGGAGAAAAAGAAAAAAAAAUCGGGAUCGGACGAGUAAGAGUAGAGGGGAAUCAGAUUUUUCGUUAAUUUAUUGUAAAAAUUGUAAGAUAUUAUAUAUCGCGAAAAAACUGGAGUGAUUGCGACGUGCAAUAGAAGAUUAUACAUAAUAAAGAGAGAAGUAAAUAGAGACGAGCUAUGUAUAGGUGUGUUGUAUAUGUAAUUGCGGAGCGACGUGUACAUAAUUUACCAUUUAGCGACGACGUUAUCUCGAUAGACUGUUUAAAAUGUAACUUAGCUAUUUAUUUACGUAUGGUAUAUGAAGCGUAGCGAGCGCAUACGAACGAUCACGCGACAACUGAUACUUGUAAGAUUAUUUAAAUUCGAAUUAAAUAUUCCCAUUAUCAAGCCAA